CUUGACGUUGUCGCUGGGUGGAAAAUAAAUACGUUCAGGCAUCUCCCGAAGAGAAGUUCCAGCGUUUGCGUGCGCCCCCGUUGCGGACAGUCGUGAGGAGUGAGAAGUGAGAUCAUAGUGCGUCGAGCUAUCGCGAGCUUCCUUACGCCCUUCCUCACGCUAGCUGCGCUUCGAAAAAGAUCACCAGCUCUGCCAUUCCACGCUCUUCUCUACGACUGCCACUCUCUUUCUUUGUCUCUCGUCCUCUCCGCAUCCUUCCCCCGGAACUCCACAAUCUUUUCUUUGCUAGUCUUCUUCCACCUUUCCCGGUCCCCGCCCAGCUGCCUCCAUCGUCGCCCGCUGUGCGAUCUCGUAGUCGUUCCUGCGAAGACCACCCCAAGCCAUUGAACCGAACCACCUACCGGGGUUCGACAAUACUCAUACUCUUCCCCGGCCGUCCUCUGAUCUUGUUCGCUUGUCCUACCCUGUACAGCUUCAAUCCGCGUCCGGCAUCACAACAGCCCCACAUCGAAUUACAUCACGCCAAAGACCGUCCUCUAGCUCCACGCUUUCCUGCUGCCGGCUGCUUGUCCUUUCAUUCCAUUCCUCCGCCCAUCUCUCCCGCAUCACAUUAAGCACAAGAAGCCAUGGCUGGGGAAUUGGCUACUCGCGACGUUACAAACCAUGUCCUCUUCGAGGUUGCAACAGAAGUUGCCAAUCGAGUCGGCGGUAUCUAUUCAGUGCUGAAGUCGAAAGCACAAGUCACCACAGCAGAAUAUGGCGGACGAUACACACUGCUUGGUCCUCUUAACAGAAAUUCGGCCUCCGUCGAAGUGGAAGAACUCGAGCCGCGCGACCCUGCCCUUGCCGAGACCAUUCGAUCGAUGAACGACCGUGGUAUCAGCACUCUUUAUGGACGAUGGCUUAUCGAUGGUGCCCCACGUGUGCUGCUCUUUGACACAGGCACUGCAUAUCGCUUUUUAGACGAGUGGAAGGGCGAUCUUUGGAACGUCGCUGGUAUCCCAUCGCCGCCAGGCGAUCAUGAGACCAACGAGGCGAUUGUCUUUGGAUACCUGAUUGCUUGGUUUUUGGGCGAGUAUGUGUACCACGAGAAGAAGCGAGCUGUCGUGGUACAGUUCCACGAGUGGUUGGCGGGUGUGGCUCUUCCUCUCUGCAAGAAACGACGGAUUGACGUGACGACCAUAUUCACCACGCACGCCACCCUUCUCGGCCGGUACUUGUGUGCCGGUUCUGUCGAUUUCUACAACAACCUGCAGUACUUCGACGUGGAUGCGGAGGCUGGCAAGCGAGGUAUAUACCACCGGUACUGCAUCGAACGAGCUGCUGCUCAUUCUUGCGACGUCUUUACCACCGUCUCACACAUUACCGCGUAUGAGAGCGAGCACUUGCUCAAGAGAAAGCCGGACGGCGUACUUCCGAACGGCCUUAACGUCAAGAAGUUCACCGCUAUGCACGAGCAUCAAAACUUGCAUAUGCAAGCAAAGGAGAAAAUCAGCGACUUUGUGCGUGGUCACUUUUAUGGAAACAACGACUUCGACCCAGAGAACACGCUGUACUUCUUCACUGCUGGCCGAUACGAGUAUCGAAACAAGGGUGUAGACAUGUUUAUCGAGUCUCUGGCCCGCUUGAAUCAUAGGAUGAAGAGUUCUGGAUCGAAGAUGACCGUCGUGGCCUUCAUCAUCAUGCCUGCCCAGACUCAGUCGUACUCUGUGGAGGCCCUCAAAGGCCAGGCGGUUGUGAAGGCCCUGCAUGAUACCGUCAACGCCAUUACCAAGAACGCGGCAAAGAGGUUGUUCGAGAAGUCGCUAGCCUGGCAUGAAGGUCAACCUCUUCCCGACGAAAAGGAGCUUCUCAGUCAGGCCGACAUGAUCAUGCUCCGUCGUCGCCUGUUUGCAAUGAAGCGCCAUGGUUUACCACCAAUCGUGACGCACAACAUGGUCAACGACGCCGAGGACCCCAUUCUUAACCAGCUGCGCCGCUGCCAGCUCUUCAACCACCCGUCCGACCGCGUCAAGGUCGUCUUCCAUCCGGAGUUUCUCAACUCGAACAAUCCUGUCCUCCCCAUGGACUAUGAGGAAUUUGUCCGGGGCUCCCACCUCGGCGUCUUUGCAUCGUAUUACGAGCCGUGGGGCUACACCCCUGCCGAGUGCACCGUCAUGGGAGUGCCCAGUAUCACGUCGAAUCUGGCCGGCUUCGGCUGCUACAUGGAGGAGCUGAUUGAGAACGCGCAGGACUACGGCAUCUACAUUGUCGAUCGUCGUAUGAAGGGCGUUGACGACUCUGUGAAUCAGCUGACGGAGUACAUGUUCGACUUCACCAAGAAGAGUACGCGCCAGCGCAUCAACCAGCGCAAUCGCACGGAGCGACUUAGCGACCUGCUCGACUGGAAGAGGAUGGGCUUAGAAUAUGUCAAGGCAAGGCAGUUGGCGCUUCGACGUGCGUACCCUGAUGCGUUUGAUGGCGAAGACGAGCCGGAUUUGUUUGGUUCGGCAGAGACGAAGAUUACGCGACCGCUGUCCGCACCGGGAUCUCCUCGAGAGAGGUCGGGACUAAUGACACCCGGAGAUUUUGGAUCUCUUCAGGAGGGUCGUGAGGGUCUCAGCACGGAAGACUAUAUCGCGUGGAAGUUGCCGGAGGAAGAGGAUCCGGAAGAUUACCCAUUCCCGCUCACGCUCAAGCUGAAGAACAAGAGUCCAGGUCCAUCGUCUCCCAGCAUCAACGGCCCCGUCAAUGGUGUUUCGUAGGACUGACGGCGAAGUGUAGGACCUGCACUUUUACGCGUUUGACUGAAUAUUGCCCGUUGCUUGCUUUGCGUGAAACCCGAGGGAUCUGGGCGCAGAUUCGCGAGCUCAAGUUGCGCUCGGCGAUGGGAGAGCCGACAGAGUUGAUGAACAUGGGAUGCCACCGCAUGCAUGCAAAGGGAACAAGGCCGCGCAUUGGCAAAUCAAAUGAUUCCAUUUUUCUUUUGUUCAUUCACAUUUUAUCAUCAUGUUAUUUUGUCGGGGUCGUCUUUAUUUUGCCUUAUUUACCAUCUUUUUUUGCAUGCCUAUGAUGUCGCCGACUACUUGGCGUCAUCAAUUUCGACUAAAACCAUGUAUGCAUAGGAUUUACUUUGCUCAAGCAUUGCGGCCGGUAGUUUCUAUUCCCCCUUAUGAUUCACAGUUCUUUCAUCAUUGAUUUGCUGCGAAAGGUUCGAAGGUACCAGGUGGUUUGCACUUUUAGCUUUUGGAUUCUGGAAAGUGAGCAUGGCACAGCAAUUGAUGGGGUCCCUAUCGAGCUGAGGGAAAUGGGAAUGAGGCUUUCAUGCAUUUGUCUUUUCUUCCAAGUCAGCAUUGAUGAUGAGACGCGAUCAUUCAUCACGUAAUAAAUGUGAAUCUUGGACCAUCUCCGCGGAUGGUUUUUUCCAGUCUUCCUGAGCAACAUUUCCAUGAACGACUGAAAACAUCGGUGAUUUCGCUUCGCACCAGCUGAACUCGACAAAAAGAAUUCG